CCUCCCGCCCGGCCAAUGGGAGCGGCGGUUGUUAGCGGGCGGGGAGCCGGCGGCGUUGCUACAGCAGCGGCGGGACUAAGGCUGUUGGUCAGGGUGCAGCAUGGAGGGGCUGGAAGAUGAGGUUACAGUGCAAACUGGAGAUCUGCUGCCAUGUAGGAUUUGUGGAAGGACUUUCUUUCCAGCAGCCCUGAAAAAGCAUGGACCCAUUUGCCAAAAAACUUCUGCAAAGAAAAGGAAGACAUUUGAUUCCAGCCGACAGAGAGCAGAAGGAACUGACAUUCCCACAGUAAAACCUCUGAAGCCACGGCCAGAACCACCCAAAAAACCUUCCAACUGGAGACGAAAGCAUGAGGAAUUUAUAGCUACUAUACGAGCAGCCAAAGGACUUAAUCUUAAAGAUGGUGGAAAACUGCCUCCACCACCUCCGCCAUCAUAUGACCCUGAUUACAUUCAGUGUCCAUAUUGUCAGAGGAGAUUUAAUGAAAAUGCAGCUGACAGACACAUCAAUUUCUGUAAGGAACAAGCAGCACGUAUUACUAAUAAGGGGAAAUUGGCAGCUGAUACCAAAGGGAAGCUUCCUGCUCGAACACAGUACAAACCACCCGCAGUAAAGAAGAUGCCUUCUGUAGGAUCAACACCACCAUCAUCAUCACGCUUACCACAGCCAAGUGGUGGUAGCAAAACUGUUCUAGGUGCCUCUUCAGGUAAAGCACUAUCCUCAUCUGCAUCCAGUGGGAGCAAAGUUCAGACAUUGUCACCAGUUCAUAAAAACUCAUUUGGAAUGGUGAACUCACAAGCAGGUAGUAAGAUGGACAAGUUAGGCCUACCGCUGCGAACUGGAAGAGAUGUGCAAAGGUUUUAUGACACUGAUACAAAAACAGACAGUACCAUCAAAAGACCAAAUGAGUUGUUGCCUAUAAAGAAAGGUGCAACAAAGCCACGGACAUCAACCCCUCCUAGUGUAGCAAGAACCGUGAGCGCAGGUGCUCUAACAAACAAAAGAAAAACUAGCAAUUCCGACAUUUACUCAAGGUCUGACAGUAAAAUUGGAUAUGACAGUGGAGACUGCACAUCCUCAGUCAAUGGAAGUUCAAAAAGCAGCGAAGGAAAUUCACCUGUACAUUUAUCGAAGUUCUGCCAUGAAUGUGGAACAAGGUAUCCAGUGGAAUGGGCAAAGUUUUGCUGUGAGUGUGGAAUUCGAAGAAUGGUUGUGUGAACACAUUCUUAAACGUAAAAAGAAAAUGAGAAAUUGGAAGCAUCUUCUAUAUACUGCUGCAUGGAAAACUAGAGCACUCCUUCCAGUUAGACUUCAUGCUGCAAACAUGUUAAAACAUCAUAGUGUAAUGUUCUGAGUGCAAUCUUCUGGUUACACAGUUAUUUAUAAAGAAAUAUAUAUAUAUACACACUGUAUAUAAAAACAGCAGGUACCUAAAACUGUGCCAUUCAAGGAAAUACUCUUUAAUCUCUGGAAAUAUUUAAUUUUAAGGUAAAAAUGUGUUAAGUAACUUAGGUAGCAGAAGUGGUUCAGUGUUAUUUUUCUUUAAAUCCUAAUAGAUAAGUGAUGUAAAUAAUUCUUUAUCUAGUAGGAUAAUACCUGUAGAGAACUAGCCAUGGAAAAACUUGGGAUUCAGAAGUUUCUCUGUGAAAAUACUACCUUCAGAUGUGACAGCAACUUAGAUGCUAUGCUAAGUGACAACAAUAUGAGCAACUCCUUAUAAAUUCCUAGCUAAAAGUGCAAGUCUGGAUCCUUUUAAACUCUUUUAAUAGUAAUAUUCUAAUUGGACUUCCUAGGAUUUUUUUUAAAGAAUCAAAACGGAAUAACUACCUGAGAAUUCUGUCCACAUGUAAGAAAAGCAAGAUUGUUUGUGGCUUUUCAUGUUCUAUUUUCAAAUCAGAACAUAUAAAUACUUUUAUGUAUUUAUAAGGAAACAUAUGGUAUCGUCAUUUUGUUAAGUUCCUUUUGUUCAGAAAUACUUGUCUUCCUCCUCCUGUGCCCCACCAUGACUAGCAUAUCUAAAUGUUUUGUGCUUUUUGCCUUUAAAGGUUUCCAAAGGUCUUGCUCCUUUUUUCUCUUCCCUCAUUUCUUGAACGAAAGACAAAGCCUAUGCUUGUCCUACCUAAAUGAUGAACUCUUGUUUUGGAAACAAGCCUUCUUGAUGUAUCCAAUACAAUAAAAAGAUUUCUAUAAAAAAA